GUGUGUAUAUAAAGCUUGCUGUUUCAAGCUUCGCCUCCUUUCAAUCAAACUCCACGGCGCAGAUCCGAGGAGUUUGGGAAACCCUUCGCUCUUUCUUCAAAGCUACAACAAUCGCUCACUCUCUAAUCUCUCUCGCUCUAGCAAUCAUCCACUCUCGCAGCUAUGGCAGGUGUGGCUCCAGAAGGUUCACAAUUUGAUGCUCGUCAGUUUGAUGCAAAAAUGAAUGAGUUACUCACAGCCGACGGACAAGAUUUUUUCACCUCAUAUGAUGAGGUUUAUGACAGUUUUGACGCAAUGGGUUUACAAGAAAACCUUCUCAGGGGUAUCUAUGCUUAUGGUUUUGAGAAGCCUUCUGCAAUUCAGCAAAGGGGGAUUGUUCCUUUCUGCAAAGGCCUCGAUGUGAUUCAACAGGCUCAGUCCGGAACUGGGAAAACAGCAACUUUCUGCUCUGGGAUUUUGCAGCAACUUGAUUAUGGUCUUGUCCAGUGCCAGGCUUUGGUUUUGGCACCCACUAGGGAACUAGCACAACAGAUUGAGAAGGUUAUGCGAGCACUUGGUGAUUAUCUUGGUGUGAAGGUUCAUGCUUGUGUUGGUGGGACAAGUGUUCGUGAGGAUCAACGCAUUCUUCAAGCUGGUGUUCAUGUUGUUGUUGGAACACCUGGCCGUGUGUUUGAUAUGUUGCGAAGGCAGUCACUUCGUCCUGACUCAAUUAGGAUGUUUGUAUUGGAUGAGGCUGAUGAAAUGCUUUCUCGUGGUUUCAAGGACCAGAUAUAUGAUAUUUUCCAGUUGCUGCCAGCGAAAGUUCAGGUUGGGGUGUUCUCUGCUACAAUGCCUCCUGAAGCCCUUGAGAUCACCAGGAAGUUUAUGAACAAGCCUGUCAGAAUCUUGGUAAAGCGUGAUGAGCUAACUCUUGAGGGUAUCAAGCAGUUUUAUGUCAAUGUUGAGAAGGAAGAAUGGAAGCUUGAGACACUCUGUGAUCUCUAUGAGACCCUGGCCAUCACCCAGAGUGUCAUUUUUGUGAACACGCGGCGUAAAGUUGACUGGCUCACUGACAAGAUGCGAAGCCGUGACCACACAGUCUCAGCCACCCAUGGUGACAUGGACCAGAACACUCGAGAUAUAAUUAUGCGGGAAUUCCGCUCUGGCUCUUCCCGUGUCCUCAUCACCACAGAUCUCUUGGCUCGUGGUAUUGAUGUGCAGCAGGUCUCCCUAGUCAUAAACUUUGAUCUGCCGACUCAACCAGAAAAUUACCUUCAUCGUAUUGGACGUAGUGGACGGUUUGGAAGAAAGGGUGUUGCCAUUAAUUUUGUUACCAGGGAUGAUGAGAGAAUGCUUUAUGAUAUACAGAAGUUCUACAAUGUGGUCGUCGAGGAGCUGCCAAAUAAUAUUGCCGAUCUCCUGUGAUGAGCCUUUUGGGUUUGUUUGAGUCAUGAGGUUUUCCCCCUUCCAAAAAGUACUAUUUGAUGUUUUCAAUUUUAUUUUUGUUCCCCCCAUCCUCUGUCAGUAGUUUAUGUUUCCAAACAUAUCUAACCGUUUAAUGAAUUGGGUUUAGGGUCUUGCAACAUUUCAAUAUAAAGACAGUCAAAGUUGUCGUUCCAGCUUGGAGGGAUUAUUGAAAUUUUGUUUCAGUUAGGCUUUGUAUUUUAAGCCCCUAUUAUUAUUAUUAUCUAUUGAAAUUGUCUCAACUUUUGGUAUUGAUUGGUCUAUUAUUGCUUAA